AUUUUAGUUUGUUUGCCAAAUAUUAAAAAUUUGAAAUUAAAUUUCAACCCUAUGGAUAUAAAUUUACCACCGGGAGUCGAUCCCGAUAUUGAUAUUCAAGAGGUUGAUCCAAUAAAUCAAAAACGUUCAUUAGCGUUUAUAAACCAUUUUAUUUUAAGAACAAUUACAUUUUUAAAUACAUUCGCAAGUACCUGUGAAUCAAGAUUUACAGAUUUUGAAAUAAAAUUACGAAAAAUUGAAGCUAGUGUUUGUAUAUUAGAAUCUAAACUUUCUUCAAUUCCAGAACUAAAUGAUACUCCUGUAGUUACUAGUCAACCAGAGGAAAUAAAUACUAAAAAAGAUGUUUUAGAACAACAUCCUGAAGAUGAAACACCUAAAUCUGUAGUUGAUGGUAAUGUAUCAAAUGUUUCGGAAAAUAUUAAAACUGAUGAUAAUGAAAAACCAGUAGAAAAUGGAAUACGUAUCAAAGACGAUCCUACAUACUCCAAGUAUUUUAAAAUGCUUCAUUUUGGUGUACAAGAAGAGGCUGUGCGUUUAAAAAUGCAAGCCGAAGGUUUAGACCCGAAUAUAUUAAAUGAACCAAAUAAAAUUGUUCCUCGAGUGGAAGUGAAUACCAACAGUAUAGAAGACGACUCAGAUUCAGGAGCUAGUUCUGAUUAAUUUAUGAUUA